AUGACCAACCCACAGAAUGGACUCGGGGAGAGUUCACGUUUCUCUGGCACCCCACCCCCGCUCAGCAGAGCACGGCUGGCUGUCCACACAGGAUGUGGGCCGCAGGUCGCUGGGGGCCCCCGCAGGUCACUGGGGGCCAGGGCCUGUGCACGUUCACCCUCGCUGGCCCAGAGGUUCCCAGGACAGGGCUUGGCUUCAUCCUCGCCGCAGAGUGACGGUGCUCUGCGGUGUCAUCUCUCCCAGCCUUGGCCGUCCUCCUCAGUCAGGUGGGCUAGCAGUGACCGCCCAGGAGUUGUUGGGGGUGACCAGCCAAGAAGAGGGUGCAUGGUACUGGGUGGUCUCCUCUCCUGA